AUGACUCGACUCGCAAGAUUUGCACUGUCGGCUCAGGACCGAGCUGGAGCGCGUCUCGCCGUGGAUGACGGAGUCGGAUGGCGAAGCGGCCCUCCUCCACGGUGGUCGAGGGGGACACCGCGGAGGCGCACUCACGGAGCGGACGACGGAGCAGCGGAACGGGCGACAUCCCUGGUGAACGAUGAUCAGAGCCGCCGCCGCCAGCUCCAGGACGAGGAAGCGCCGACGAAGAAAACAGAGAAUGGAAAAAUAAAUGGAUUUAUAUUUGCGGGAGAGGAGACUCCCACUUCCCUUGACCUAGACAGCUCUCUGCACUCAGCGAGCCAAAAUGGUGACAAAAUCUUACUAGAAUCUAACUUGAAACCUAAACCCUCCAGACAGCCCUCACGCACUAGCCUGAAGAGGGAAAGGAAAGGCAAUAACACUAGUAGAAACAGUAUGGACUGCAAAAAUGACAAGCCCUCCGAGUUGACUGCACAUGAGGGCAAAAAAGAGGCCCUGGCGUCCCUAAAUGGCGUGGUAACGCUAAACUGCGGGCCGCUUACUAACGGUUAUCCUGGACAGCCCGGUACAGACAAUGAUGGCAGCGGCUCAGAAAGCGGUUAUACCACGCCGAAGAAGCACAGAGCCCAGAGGAGUGACAAAUCUUUGGACAAUGUGACCACUUCAAGCCAGCUCAAGGCCAUGCAGCAGGCCAGUAAGCAAGAACCAGGGUCGGCCACUCUCGAGCCGGCUGACAGGACCUCAGCCACGCAGGUGGAAAUCAGCCGAGCCUUCUCUAAGACAGACAGCCAUUCCUGUGGCUUUACAAAAAGUAGAGAGGUGUCCACUACCCCACCUGCGCAACCGCCAUCCGAGGUUUACCGUAAAAGCGCUGGGAAAAAAUUUGAGGAUAAGUCCAAUAAAACGAAAGUGGCUGCAUCAACUAAAGAGGACUCUUGGACUCUUUUCAAGCCGCCACCCGUAUUUCCUGUGGACAACAGUAGCGCGAAGAUAGUGCCUAAGAUCAGUUAUGCAAGCAAAGUGAAGGAGAACCUCAACAAGGCAGCCCAGACUGCCCCAGAGAUUCCCACCCCUCCUCCGCAGGUACCCGGGAGGCCAUCGCAGGUGCCCAUGUCGGCUGUGAAAACCAUCACCUCGGCCAGUUUUAGCAAUGGUGACGGCAACACCUGCCCUCUCCCCGGUCCCCACUUCAGCUCAGUUUCCAGCUCCGCCCCCGUGCCAGUCGUCUCCUCAGCAGGCUCCGAUCAUGUAGCAUCUUCCUCCGGCAGUAGCUGCAAUCCCUCCUCCACAACUACCACGCCUGAGCCUAGGAAGCCCAAUCUGUUUGUUUACCCCCUUUCCACCACCUCCUCUUCCAAUAUGCAACUUUCUCUCCCCAGCGGCCGUCAAUCUGACCCCCCACCCAAUCAGAAAUCUCUGGGCGACAUCUUCCAAAACCAGUGGGGUUUGUCGUUCAUCAACGAACCCAGCCGGGUCGGAAGGUCCGGCGUGCGCCUCGACGCCAAAGGACCAACCCGGGUGGUGAGUUUUCAGGGAGGCUGCACUGUCGCCGCGGGGGCGCAUACCCGCUGCGGCCCCCAAAGGUCGGAUCCGUUAGCGUUCCCAGACAAACGGACUAAUGCUCAGAGCGUGAGAAAAGGAGGAAACCUUGUCCCCACUGCAGCCAGCGGGUCCACCGAAGGCUCACUUCAGGCCUUGAACCUCGAGGUGGAAACGCAAAAGGACGAGUCUGGGGUUUCUGGUGCAAUAGUGUUUUGCUCUUCCUCUAAGGACGUUGGGGCAGAGCUACCCCGCAAGCUGUCUCUGCCUAGAGAGCAAGACUACACUAAGGGCUUUGAAAGGAGGGCCAGCUGGGACUAUUUUGAUCUUAAAGCUGCUGUAGUAUAUCACACUAAAGAAAUGGAAUAUAUUUUGAAUUUGCAAAAGCAAGAUCCAAAUCGCGUAGUGCUCUACAGUGAAUCCAAUAAUGGUCCUGAUCAGUGAGGCUCAGUCUGGAUACGCCGUCUCCUCAGCCGGACUCCGCAACGAAAAAAAAGAGGAACUUCAAGGAAUCCCUGGUCGCAACGCCUCCGACUUCGGAACCAAAACAUCGUGACUCAGAACAAAGGCUGCUCUCGAGACGGAGUGUAUAAAGAGGCUGAAAACGGGUUGGCUGAAUAAAGGACGAGAAACGAGGACCUGGAGCCGAGACUCUCCGCUUCUGAAGCAGGACCCUGUUUCUUUUUUUUUUUUUUUUUUUUUCCUUUCUUUUUGCUGAGGACAGUUAUUAUAAUGAUUUAUUUUUUAGGGAUGCUCACCAGUUCACAAACUCUCUUACAGUACAGCUUUUGUUUGAAAAGAUGGUGGAGAUCCUGCUGCCUGGCUAAAAAGAGGAAGCACCUCCCUCGCAUUCGGAUGCACCACGCUCGCGUUUUCCAAAUCCUAUUGACGGGCAUGAAAUGGAAAAAAAAAAAAAAUCUCGUCCUCUAGUACAAGGUGGGAGGGGUUAAAAUCACUGAUGAUGAACUGUGUAUGUUUCAGGGGACAGAAAAAGAAAAAAAACACUUAGGUUGAGCUGGCACUUACUAAGGCCUUGGGAUAAUUGUCUUAAUUUUGUGAAUGAAUUACAUUUUUUUUUUUCUUUGUUUUGUUUCACAUAAAAACGAAACAGGUUUCCAGGGUGCACUCGAGCGAGAAUAGACUUGCAAACUGCUGUCUGCGUACGUCCUCUGGAAGAUUCACUAGUCUUUUCACGUCUCUCUGGCGAACCCACGGCCAAGAGACAACGCUACAGGGUUUCUUUUUCAUUUUUCCCUUCUUUUAUUUAAUUUUUUUUAUUGUUUUACAAUUUCAGUUGUGUACGAGCUCUUAGAUCCCAGUCGACGAGUAGAUUAGAUGCGAUGCACCACGAAUGAUAAAACGGCUUCUUUCUUUGUUUAUAAUUGUUACGUUUUUCAUUCUUUCUUUUUAAUUUUAAUUUUUUUUUUUUUUUUUGCACGAGGAACAGAACCUGCUGUUGGUGUGUUUGUUUUUAGGGCAAGACAAAAACGAAACGAUUUGUUCGAUGCACCCGAACAGGCACGCGGCAUUUAUUUUUUUACGUUUUCUUUUUUUUCUUUUCUUUUUUUUUUUCAUUCACACUUAAAUAGCACACCGUUUCCUCUUUCCUCGAGCUUAUAGAUUUCUAAUUUAGAGCCGGAAUCGUCACAGCGUUCAACUUCUUUCCUGCAGCCUGAAGACGUCUCUCGUUUGUUCGUUUUUCUUUAGCGUCAGGCAGCAAAAAUUUACGAUUUAACCUUUUUUUUUUUUUUUCAUAUUUUUUUUUUCCACGUCAAAAUAAUUGAUUGAAAUAUUAUAUAUAAUAAGUAGCACUUUAUGUAUUUUUUAAUCGUAUUAUCUGGACAGAUCGGCGCGUAACGAAAAAUUCUAGCGAUUUACGAAUAGGAUACUAAUUUCUAACGACGGACCGGAAGUCAUUUUAAAGGAGCAACUACUUAAAAAAUAAAAAAAGAAUAAAAAAAAAAAAAGGAGGAGAACGAAAAUGCGAAAAUGAUGCAAGCAAAGAAAAGUAAAAUGGAAUGUACCAACAGUGUUAUUGCCAAAAAAAUGAAAAAAAAAAAAAAAAAAAAGGGGGAGUGUCCAUGUUUGCUACAAGUCUGUCUUUUUUUUCUUUUUGUCUUUUUUUUUGUCAUCGUCUCUUUUACAAAAAUUUACCAAGAAAGCCAAGUGGGUCAUUUAGCAUCAUGCACCAUUUCUCUUCUUUUUUUUUUCUUAAUUUUUUUAUUAUUUCUAUACAGGGUCAUAAACACUGCCAGCUCCAGAAGUGGAGAGAGAGAGAAAGAAAAAAAAACGAACGAUAGUUUUUCCUCUCUUCCUGAAGCUGGCUCACGCUUCCACCCUGGAUCAUUACACGACAUAUUACCGCAUCGACCUGAUCGUUAACACGUCGUCUCGCUGGAGCGAAUCCGCUUUGCUUUUUAAAUGCUGCUUCAUUUUUCAUCUUUUUUUUUUCUCUCUGUUCUUUCUAUCAUUUUUUUUUUUCCUUUGCUGCUUUUAACUUGACUUCCUAACAAUGAUAAAGAUGGGGAUUUGUUGUUUUAGGGUUCCUUUCCUUUCUUUUAAAUAAUGUGAUCAGAGUAUUACAGAACCCCUGAACGGACCUCCAAAAAAAAAAAAAAAAAAAAAAAAAAAUUA